CUUGAAUCUCCGCAGUGAAGUUCGUCUUUUCCAACAAUAAGUUUGGGCCUGUUCAGACGUACCUGCCGUGACGCGCCUGGCGCUGGACGUCGUACUCCAUGCCGGACGUUCCCGCUGAAGGCGUUCAUGACCCCAACCUUGCUCAGCCGGAAUACCUCUAUACUGUAUUGAAUCUUCCCACUACCGCGACAAAGGAGGAAAUCCGAGAGCGGUAUCGACAGCUGUCUCUCAUAUUUCACCCUGACAAGCAACAUGGGAAGCCAACACAAGAGACUGCAUUGAAGCGUUUUUUGGAGGUUCAGAAGGCAUAUGAGAUCUUAUCUGACUCUGUGACCAGGCAAGCCUAUGAUCUUUAUGGUCUAGAAGGCGUCCGACUGGCGCGUGACCUUCAGUUGUCAGGGCUUCCUCUCGAUGUCGUCGAGAAUAAGCUAAAAAUCAAAAAGGCCGAAUCUGACUAUCUGAAAACUCAGACAUUGCUCCAAUCAAAUGGCGAGAUCGGUAUGGGAGUCGAUGCUCGUCCCCUCUUCGUGGAGGCUGACAAUGAGGAGUUCAACAACUCUCUGCUUCUCCAUCGAGCGUGGGUCAGAAUCACCAGUCUCAGGCUCACAGGGGUUGCCGUGAAGAACGUCAUCCAGAAAUCUAUUUCAGAUACCCUGAUACUUACCAUGUCCGGGCAGUCACGCGUCGGGCCAGUAGGCCGGCUAGGCUCGCCCACGGGGAGGCAUCUCAUCGGGACCGCUCGAUAUCAAUUCUCGCCCAAGAUUGGCCUAGAGGCGUCCGCUUCUUUGCUUAGAUCCCGAAACCUAGCUCUUGGGGCAAACUUUGACGAUGGGGACAACGUUGUAGCUGUCAAAGCAUUCUUCGCGCCUGGUUUCGAUAGUGGACUGGCUAAUCUGCGGGCAGCCUCCGGCUCCACCUUGGCUGCAUUGCCCCCGGUGACGUUCUCGCUGCAGCGGAGACUUUUCCCCGGCGCAGCUACAUUCGGUAUUUUCGAGUUCGCCACGAACAGUUCUCUACCGUCAUUUACACUCGCAGUGUCGUCUCAAAAGCGGCUGGAUCUUGGCAUAGAAGAAUCUACCCCGUUGCCGAGAGGCCCUCCGUCCAGAACGGGACUCGCCUCUUGUGUUGGCCACUGGAGCUUUGGCACCAGUGUGCUCGGCGUCCUCCCUGUGCUUUUCGGUGAAUGCGGCCUGAUCUUCGUAGAGUUAGGGCUGCAGCUCAAAGCCAGGCUCGAGGCUGGUCUGCAAGCUCAAACAGGGGUCUUGUCAGUAUCAUGGGGCGGUGAACGUAACACAACCCUGAGCAGACUCGGUUUUGACGUGGGGAUGGGAACCGGCGGCGUCGAGCUAAAAAUCAGUGCGAUAUAUAUGAAUCAGUUGUUCUACGUACCUAUCGCUCUGUCGUCGGAGUUUAAUGAGCUGGCGGCAUUUUGGGCGACAGUCGUGCCUACCACCGCUGUCACUUUAGGUUAUUGGUUUGUGCUACGGCCCCUGAAGCAGAGAGAGCGACUCACCUUCUUCCACCAGGCACGACGUGAGCUGCGCGAAGCCAAAGCGGACAUAGUUCGCGCGGCAGAGGAGACUGUGUCCUUGUUACGCGACACGGCCAGGCGGCACACGGAAGCCGAGGCGUCAAAAGAUGGUUUGGUUAUCGUCGAAGCUCGAUAUGGCCCGGCAGACCAAAACGACGAGUCUACGAAGGGGCUGGACGUCGACGUAACUGUACCCUUACAGGCGUUGGUCAAUAACAGUCAACUCUACAUUCCAGGAGGCCGAUCCAAGGCCGGACUACAAGGCUUUUACGACCCUGUACCAUCCGUCGGAAAGUCGAUGCGAGUGCGAUACAUUUUCCGGGGGCACCCGCACUGCGCAGAAAUCUCGGACUUUGCGCCGCUUGUCCUUCCUCUUGAGGACCAUCUGGUGUCGUAAACCUGGAACUUCCCAGACAUAGUUCAACCUAUCACCGUAUGUGUAGCUGACAUUAAUGAAUCCCCUACUCCGCUCC